AUGAAGGCUCUAGGGGACAGUGAGGACCAGCAGCUGGCAGUGGCUCUUCGCAUCCGCCCGAUGAGCGCGGCCGAGCUGGCGGGGGGGGCCAGGCCCAUCGCCCACCGCCUGGACCAGCAGAUCGUGGUGCUGCAAGACCCCACAGAAGCCCCUCGUGAUGUCCUGCACUCUGGCCGCUCCAGAGAGAAAUCCUAUGUCUUUGACAUGGCUUUUGACUCCUUGGCCACCCAGGAGACUGUGUACUGUGCCACCACCCGGGGCCUCAUUGAGGGCGUCAUCUCUGGGUACAGUGCCACCGUCUUUGCCUAUGGCCCAACCGGCUGUGGAAAGACCUACACCAUGCUGGGCACCAACAGCGAGCCUGGCAUCUGUGCCCGUGCCCUGGGUGAUCUCUUCCAGGCCAUCAAGGACACCAGUGGUGACACAGAGUAUGAGGUCACCAUGUCCUACCUCGAGAUCUACAACGAGAUGAUCCAGGACCUGCUGAACCCCUCUCAGGGCCACUUGCAGCUGCGGGAGGACGCCAGCGGCACCAUCCGGGUGCCCGGCAUCACUGAAAUCUCUGCCAUCAGCGCUGAGGAGGUCCUGCAGCUGCUGGCGCGGGGGACCCGGCAGCGGCGGCAGGAGCCCACGGCUGCCAACCGCUCCUCCUCGCGCUCCCACGCCGUGCUGCGCGUCACCGUGCGCCGGCGGCACCGGGGGCUGCACCGGGGGCUGCACCGGGGCAGGGCGCUGCGCCACGGCCACCUCGUCAUGGUCGACCUGGCAGGCUCGGAGCGGGCAGCACAGACCCAGAACCGCGGGCAGAGGAUGAAGGAGGGGGCUCACAUCAACCGCUCGCUGCUGGCCCUGGGCAACUGCAUCAAGGCCCUGAGUGGCCAAGCGAGCACCAAGCACAUCAACUAUCGUGACAGCAAGCUGACCCGCCUGCUCAAGGACUCGCUUGGGGGCAACAGCUACACGGUGAUGAUCGCCCACAUCAGCCCGGCCAGCAGCGCCUUCCAGGAGACCUGCAGCACUCUCACCUAUGCCUGCCGUGCCAAGAGCAUCCGCACCACGGCAGAGCCGGUGCGGCGGCUCCGGCAGAGCCAGGGGCACCCGCGGCUGGAGGAGACCCCGCGGCAUCGGAGCGGCUCGGAGGAGCAGCGGGAGAUGCCGGCCCUGCUGCGCCGCCUGCACCGGCUGCAGAUGGAGCCGGCAGAGCCGCGCUGCCGCACCCGGCCCGAGAGCAGCCCCCGGCACCCGCAGCUCAUGGCACGGCCCUUCCGCCGGCACCGGGCCCUCUGCGCCCGCAUCAUCCUGCAGCAGCGGCAGCUCCUCACCGGUGCUCCCCCUGGUUUUACAACGCUGCCACCUGAGCCCGGUGUGGCACCUGUUGAUGCGCAUUCCUUGGCAGACCACCAGCUGCCUGUGCCACGGCCACUGGAGGAGCUGUACAAGACCUACCUGCAGGAGCUGGCUGGGGAACUCGGGGACAUCAGCACCCUCGAGGUAGGGCAGGGUGGGCCCAGACCCCCGCUGCACACUAGAAAGAGCACGUCCCUGCCCAAGAUCCCACAGGCAAGUGGCACAGAGAGCUCACCAGACUGGGACCAGGAGCAUGUGUGGGCACAGAGCCACGAGCACCCCACACCACGAUGGCAGGGGAUCUGCAGUGAUACCAUGUGCCUUACGGGGGACAGACACAGGUGGGUGUCCACCACCCCCCAUGUGCACGGGGCUGCUGCUGUGGCAGAGGGUAAAGGGCAUCCCUUCCCCAGCAGCAGCACCCUAAUCCCCAUGCUCAAGAAGCCCCCACAGUGCCACCGUGCCACAGAUCACUGGAAGGUAUCGAGCAGCACUAAGAGCAUCAUGGCGAAGGCUGCCCAGCACUGGUCUCACAUCCCAGAGGGCACCCACCAGAGCCCACCAGAGCCCACAGAGGAGCAGCAUGGCCACAUGCUGUGGCAAGCUGGCAGUGGGGACAGGCUGGUGGGGACAGCCACAUCCCCAGGUGCCUGGUGGUGGGUGCACAAGAAGGAUGGUGGGGAGCCAGGGAAGAGGGGGGCAUCACCAGGGGGCAGAAGGACAUUUAGGAGGUCACGGUCCUUCAAGGUCACCAGCUGCGAGGUAGGUGCAGGCAGGGGGACAGGGCAGGAAGGCCACCUCCAGCUCCCCUCGCCAUCCAUCCCUUUGCCAGCUGAGCGCCCAUCCUGGCAGCCCCGGCACCGCAAGGCAUCCCCCGUGCCAGGGGCUGCCCACGGGAUCCCUGUCCCUGUGCAACCUGGUGCCAGGGCCACAGGUGGGGGACAGGACUCAGCCCUCCCAGUGCCAAACCCACCACAAGGCAGGGACCCAAAUCCCGAGGGACUGACAUGGUGACCCUGGAUGGAGCCACACAGCUGCUCCAGGAAGGGCCUCUGUGAGUGCUCAGCACCUGGGGAUGCUGCCAGCUACACAGCAUCACUGGUGGAGCCACCCAGGCAUCGGGGUUUGUCCUUCCAAGGGGUUAAAUUUAAAAGCAGGUGUGCUGAGUGAUGUGGGUGCUGUGCAUAGGGACAGAGAACUCUCCAAA